ACAGCAAGAUGGCGGCGGGGACGGACUGAAGGGGAGAGGAGGAAGAUCGGCCCAACCAACGGCUGCGGAGCUCACCGGCAGCGCCGUCUUCGGAGCUUCCUGCAGAGUCAACGAUCGCCCACCGCCGCCGCCGCCAUGUCGAUGGAGGAUCCCUUCUUCGUGGUGAAAGGUGAAGUGCAAAAAGCGGUUAAUACUUCCCAAGGAUUAUACCAACGAUGGACCGAACUCCUGAGCGAUCCUUCUUCAACCAGCAAGGAAGAGUGUGACUGGACAACCAAUGAGUUGAGGAACAGUCUUCGUAGUAUAGAGUGGGAUCUGGAGGACCUAGAUGAGACUAUUAGCAUCGUGGAGACAAACCCUCGUAAGUUUAACCUCGAUCCAGCAGAGCUGAUUAAAAGGAAAGCGUUCAUCACUAGCACCAAAACAAUUGUAAAGGAAAUGAAAGAUCACAUGUCCAGUUCUUCCAUGCAAGCAUUAGUGGAACAGAAAAACCGACAGGCAGUGCUAAGCAGCAGGGGAAGCCAGAGACCAAGCUCCGCUUCAGAUAAAUACAGCCGACUCGAUCAGAAAAUGCAAGCAGUGAAUUCUCAGUUUAUGGACGACCAAAACAUGCAACAACAGUUGAUCGUGGAGCAACAGGAUGAUCAGCUGGAGUUAGUUUCGGGCAGCAUCGGAGUUUUGAAGAACAUGUCGCAGAAGAUUGGCAAUGAACUGGAUGAGCAAGCAGUUAUGCUUGACGAGUUCACCUAUGAGUUGGAUAGCACACAGUCACGGAUGGAUAACGUCAUGAAGAAGCUGGCCAAAGUGUCCCACAUGACCAGUGAUCGCCGACAGUGGUGUGCAAUCGUCGUUCUACUGGUCAUCCUGGUUGUGGUGCUGAUAUUGUUUACUAUCUAAAUGACCUGAACAUUUUGUGCAAGUGUUACAUAAAGGAGGGGGGAAUGGGAAGAGGGAGAACGAAGGAAGAGCCUUCCACUCUCUGGUGCGACAAUCCAUGGGUCAGUUGGCCAGGCUCUCGGCCUUUGGUUGCUGAGUAUGAACAGGUUCUGCACCCCAUCUGUCUUUCCAGCAAUCACUGUUGCAUUUUUCACCUGCAGAGUUACUGCUGAAUGUCUCUUGAUUUAUCUUUAAUUGGUCAUUCACAGAAAUUCUGAGGAAUUUAAGUAGGGCCACAUGAAAAGUGAAGGUGCAAGGUUACACCCAGAUCUGGUCCCUGCAGGAUAGAUGAAUGUAUCAUGUUUCUUGGACUUGGGGAAGAGGGUUUCUGGGCAUUUGGCUUCCUAGAAGUUUUAUAUUUCUCCUGCACAGUGCUCUUUCUGGUUUGGGCAUGUAAAGAAGGCUGUGUGAAGAACAGGAAGAACACUGUUGGCCAAGAUGGCCACCAGACCCCAGUGUCAAGUGUUGGCCAGCCCUGCGUCAGCUAUUCACAAUAGAGGCACCAGUAAAUCAAGACCAGACUCCUCCUUUCAGCUGGAGUACGUAUGGAUUGGAGGUGUGGCCAGCACUCUGCUUGGAUGUGGUGCUUUCAGUAGCUAAAUAACUAGUGCAACAGCAAGUUAUUCAGCUAUUGAAAGCCAUGGGACACUUCCAUCUGAUUUCCUUGACCACAUCACCUUUCACCAGAGGAACGAGAGGAAACUAUAAUUAGGUUUAGAACAUGAUCAUGUUUGGUACAUUCACACAGAGUGGCAAUUCAACAUGCAGAAACUCCUAGCAUUAACUAUCACACCUGGGAAAUAUUUACUCAGAUGCCAUGAGGGAACAAAAUGUACGGUUGGGUCACAUCAUGGUGUAGCCCAUUAAUUUUUAGUUCUGUGUUUUGGGAACGUGCAGCUGACAAAAGAGCAACAGUGUUGUCUCUAGUUACUGCUGACCCAUUCCUUCUGGUCUUAUGAUGGCCAUGGGUGAUGAGUUGACAUCUGUGGGAUUGCCUUGGGCUCAGACAAACAUUUUUCAAAGGUAGUUAUCAAAAGUACUUUUUCACCUUGGGCUUCUGUGCAUUUUACCAUUGAUUUGAAUUGGCAUGAAUAAUUCUGUUCCAAAAUGCACAGCCCCAUAUAUUUGAGCAGCACGAAAAUUCCCAUAAGGCAUAUUUGUAAACUUAUAAUUGGAAUGGAGUGGGGGGCAGAAUGUGGGGGUGAGAUGGGGUGGAAUGGAAUAAAUAGGAGGAGAUUCAAAACAUGGAGUCUUCUGUGCUUACUGGAAUUCUAGUAACUUUGUACCAAAGUGUUAAUUUACUACUACUCCAUGGUAAACUCAACCAACAUUUUGUUGCCCUUCCUUAUCCCUGCCACAAAACCACCUUUCCCACUCGUUCAGACACACUAUAUAUAUAUAUAUAUAUAUAUAUAUAUAUAUAUACCUCCAUUGUAUUAUUUUCCAGUCUAAUCAUUCAGAUUACAAAGGGUUCAUACAGAAUAGUUCAACAUAAACCUGUACACUGUCGAUGGUGCUUUGCCAUUGUCAUUGCUAAAAUGUUCUUCUUGUUCGAUUUCAGUCUGUGUGUGGCACAUGUACAUUGUACCUUCAGUUUGUACUGACAGUAAUGCAACACCAUGUUUUUAUGCUCUCCAGUACUCGCCCCAAACCAAGCUGGUGUCUUCUGGGGUCUCCCUUCUUCCUGUAGCAGAGAGCCAGAAAAUCCCAAAUUAGCAGUCCUCCUCGUCCAACACUGUGCACAGUUGAACAGUGCCGGUUAAGAAGUUCCCAUGUUUACUGACUGGCCUGAGUUUAUGUCAGUGUCGUGCUUUGAAGCAGCUGAUGCUUGCCUAUGCCCAGGGACUUUGAAGGGCUGCCCACUGCGGACUACCUGCCUGUGGUACUGCUGCAGAGAGCAACCAUGCAGAAGGUGUGAGCGUGCAUGGCUCUACCUGUAUACCCAAGUGGGAUUUCAUCUCACCUAGCAAAUUAUGUUCACAGGCUGGAUAGCAGUGAAAAAGGCAAUCAUUGAAAUGGGAGGAUGAGGAGAAGGUAAAGAUGGGGAGUUAUAAUUAAAGUAUUAAACCAAGUCUAGAUGAAGGUUCCCCACCAGAAACAUGGGACUCCAAUUCCCUCCAUCCCUGGAUGCUGCUUAACCUGCUGAGUUCCCCCAGCAGAUUGUUUAUUGCGGGAGUUUUAAUUAGUUAGAUAAAUGAAGGAUUUGAUUAAGGUGUUUGAAAUGUUGAAGGAUUUGAUAAAAAGGGCACUGCCCAGAAAUGCUGGUAGACUCUAUUGAGUCAACAGGAUGGUCAUAUCAGCAGAGGGUGCAUGGCCAUUUUGGAUUUCAGGACCUCAUGCAGUAUUGACUUGACAUUUUCAUUGUUCAAAUGACCCAGGCUGUGGGUAGGAAGGAGCUGGAUUGUUCGGGUUAAGGAGACUGUAGAGGAUUCCUUCAGCCGCAACAGUUCAUUAGGGUAAUUGAAAAUAUCCUUACUGAGAUUGGUACGUUUGUUAGGAAAUGCUAUUUAGUCAUGUGGGUAGAUGGAAAAGUAAUAAUCAACAAUUGAACAAUGGAACAGAGGAGAUUGGCCUCCUGCUGUUUGUUAUUUUUUUAAACCAAGAAUCAAAGGAAACAUUUUAAUUUUUCCAAUAUAGUGCUAGUAUGAGAUCUUCAGAUGUUUAAAAACAAAUCUUAUUACGGCAAUUGCAAAACCAAGAAUAUUUAAAUCAAAGUAUUUUGCUGUUCUGAACUAGUCGAUGUAAAAUUGAGCUGUUCCAAGUACCUUUGGGCCAAAUUUUUACAUUGGAUCAUUUAAAUGCAUCUAGUCGUUGGCCUGCAGAAUCUGGCAGCUUGGGAAUUGAUGGAAGCUUCACAGGAACGAAACCGUCACCAGUAACAGCAACCCCCUUAGAUUCCAAAUGCCAUUUAUAGCUUAGACCGCUCACUUUGACAGUGAGGGGUGAGGAGGCAGCAUCUGCACACCCCAGGACACUGCAUGAAGGGCAUUUGGUAGAAUAGAGAAUACCGUCAGUCAUUCUGAGAUAUAUUUGCUUUAUCCUUGAUCAGUAUUUGCCCUCAACCAAUUUUUUUUUUAGAUUGUCUUUUAACAGUUCCCAAACCAUCACCAUUCAUUAGGGCUCAACUAAUCUACACUCGUUGGCCUUCUCUGCUACAUUACUGUCUGUAAUUGCUGAUUGAAAAGGCAGUAGAUUUGAACUCCACUCCAGAGCACCCAGGGCAACACUGAGGGAGGGCUAUACUGGCAACAAGCUGCCUUUCAUAUGAAGUGACAAACUAAGGUCCUGUCUGUCCUCUUGGAAGGAUACAAGAUCCCACUGCUCCAUUCUGAUGAACAGAGGAGAAAUAAACUGUGGCAGCCUGACCUGUUUAUUCCAUCAUGUGCAUUGGGGAACAUCCCGAUUCUCUGGUCAUUGCUUCUGGGUUUAGGAUCUUGCUGUGCACACAUUGCAUAACAUACUUCCUGAAUUACAACAACUGCAGUUCAAAAGUAUCUCAUUGGCCAUAAUGUAUCUGGGUUGUUUUUAAGUUGGUGAAAGGUGCUAUGUAAAUGCAUAUCUUUAGAAGUUAACAUGUGACUUCUGAUUUUCAUAUAAACGAUGAUGUAAUUUACAAAUAAACGAUGCAUGAUCCAGC